AUGACUGCUCAGGUUCAAAGCCUGGCCGUUGAGCCGCAUCCAGAUAUUGUCGACAACCACACAGACGACAAGAAGCAUGCCUCAGACACCGGAGCCGAGGUCGAGGUCGGCACUGUCGUAGACGGCCCUGAAAAGACUUACUACAGCAGGCUCUCUGUCUGGCUGAUGGUGCUCUUUUCGGGUCUAGCAAUCGGCUCUGAUGGAUAUAAUGCUGCCGUGAUUGGAAAUGUCCAGCUCAUCAUGAAGGUCCUGUAUCCGGACGCUCUGACGAGUUCCAUCUCUACGCGUCUGAGUAACGCCUUUCUGAUCGGCAUGAUUAUUGGCAUGCUCUUCUUCGGUCUCAUUGUCGACCAGUUUGGUCGCAAGACCGGUGCUGUCGCUACGACAAUCCUUUUGGUGCUGGGAAUUGCGCUGUCGGCUGGUGCGAGUGGCGGUACUGAUGUCGGUCUCUUCUGGAUGCUCAUCGUUGCUCGUGGUGUCGCUGGUGUUGGCGCCGGCGGCGAGUACCCCGUGUCUGGUGCCGGUGCCGCAGAGGCAACUGAUGAGAGCGCUCAGUACCGUAAACACCGAGGCUUCAUGUUUGCCAUGCUUGCUGAUCUGUCGGCGUCCCUGGGCUACGUCUGGGCCGGUCUCACGCCUCUGCUCUUGCUCCUCUGUGUGCAACAAAAGGAGAGCAAGUACGCCAUCGUCUGGCGAACCACCUUUGCACUUGGCGCAUUUCCUCCUCUGGUCAUCUUCUGGUUCCGCAUGCGCAUGUCGGUUGCCACGGCGUACCGAAAGUCGUCGAUGCGCAAGCAGCGUGUGCCGUACUGGCUUGCGCUCAAGAGAUAUUACCGCCCCUUGAUCGGCGUGGCAACCUGUUGGUUUCUGUACAAUUGGAUCUCAAUUCCCUUUGGCAUCUUUAGCUCAACCAUCAUGUCUCGAGCCAACGUUGGAGACAGCAUCGUCAAGAACUUGGGAUGGGGCGUCGUCAUCAACUGCUUCUAUAUCCCGGGCCCCUUUAUUGGAGGUUACCUCUCUGACAGGAUUGGCCGCCGCAAGACCAUGGCAUUGGGCUUCACUCUUCAGGCUUGCCUUGGCUUUGUUCUCGGUGGAGCUGAGGAGCAGAUUCAGAGCAUCUUUCCCCUUUUCGUUGUUUUAUACGGCAUCUUCCUGACGCUCGGCGAAGUUGGCCCCGGCAGUACCGUUGUCCUGGCCGCCUCUGAAUGCUUCCCUACCUCUAUCCGCGGCCAGAUGCUGGGCUUCAUAGCCGCGUGGUCCAAGGCCGGGGCUGCCAUUGGAACCCAGGUCUUCACGGCCAUCCUCAACUCAUACACCGACGACCCUUCCAAGGGCAACCAGGUGGCUUUCUUGAUUGGAUCCGCAUUUGCCGUAUUGGGCGCUGUUGUUGCGUACUUUGUCAUCCCUGACGUCUCGCGACGCCUGGAGGACGAUGAUGAGGCAUGGAAGGCUUAUUUGGAAGCCAACGGAUGGGAUGCCACAUGGGGUGAUUCCGAGACCAAGGAUCCUUCAGGAGUGAUUAUGAACAGGACUGCUUCCUAA